CCGGAUUAUUUUUUAUCAAUCGACAUUUCUCGCGAGAUCCGGUAAGGCGAGAAAAACGGAACAGAAAUGAAAAAGUUCACAUUUUUCCUCUUCGCUUCCUUCUUCUGCCUGGAAUGGGCCGAGGGGCUGGGCCGAGGGGAGGACAAGCGCGGACAGCCUGAACCAGCCACGUCUCUCUACAACGUCUUGAAGAACUACGAGUUCCUCGAAGGACUCCAUCAGACAGCAAGGGACAACAAGCGCAUCAACGGGAGACUCGAGGAAUGCUUCGGGGUCCUGGGCUGCUUCAACACCGAGACGGGCGCCAUGUCCCACCUCGGCGUCCUCCCCGACUCCCCCGACGAACUCCGCGCCGCCUUCUACCUCUACACCCCUGAGAACCCGACCGACCCGCAGACCAUCUCCUGGGAGGACCUCGAGAUCAUCCAGCAGUCGAACUGGCGACCCGGUCGGCCGACCAAGUUUCUCGCACAUGGGUUCAACGAGGACGGGUUCCACCCGUGGAUGAUCGGACUCAAGGAUACGUUUCUCGCCAAGGAGCCAAUGAACGUGGUGUGCGUGGACUACCACCACGGCUCCCAAGCGCCGAACUACCUGCAAGCCGCGGCGAACUCGGAGAUCGUCGGCCGGAUGAUCGCGAACACCGCCAUCCUCAUGACCGGACUCGGCGCGUCCCUCGCGGACUUCCACGUCAUCGGCUUCAGCCUCGGCGCGCAGGUGGCGGGGCACGCCGGCGAGUGGUUCAAGGAGACGGGGGCGGGGGCGAAGCUCGGCAGGAUUACGGGGCUGGACGCAGCGGCCCCCUUCUUCACGGACCUGGAGUACCAAGGCGACCGGACACACCUGGACCCAUCGGACGCGAGCUUCGUGGACGUGAUCCACUCGAACGCGGCCCACCUGCUCCUCGGCGGCGUCGGGGCGAAGGAGGCGCUGGGCCACGUCGACUUCUACCCGAACGGGGGGAAGGCGCAGCCGGAGUGUCCGAAUGUCAUCUUUCAUACUUUCGAGCAAUUAUUUGGAGAUGGCGAAGAGGACGAAGAUUCGAUCUGCAACCACCGGAGGGCCCACUACUACUACGAGGAGUCGGUGCUGUCCGACUGCGUGUUCGUUGGCUUCCCCUGCACUGGGAUCGACGACUUUGACGAUUUCAAGGAUGGGCUGUGCUUCAGUUGCCCCGAGGGAGGUGCCUGUGGGGUCAUGGGGUACAACUCGCCCGCGUCCACUUCGAGGGGCUCGUUCUUCUUCAAGACCAGGGGAGAGGCUCCGUUCUGCGGGACGCAGUAUCACGUCGCGGUGUUCGUGAACGAUAAUCAGUUCAAUUCUUGGGGUCUUCUUCGAGUUACCAUUCAAGCCACGGGAGAGUCCUUCGACGUUACCGGGGAGAGGGAAAAACUGGAGCAAGGAGAAGAGAUGAAGACGGCGGCAGUCGGCAGGUUCCAACCGCCGGGAGAGACCAUGGACAUCUCUCUCCGAUACGAGGCGUCAGACAACCUCAUCCUGCCGGGCAAGGAUCAGUGGUAUUUCGACUACGUCAAGAUCACCAUCGCCGGAGGAAAUACGUAUUACUACUGCGGAAUGAGGACAAUGAUCGAGACGCACAAGGAGAUUGCGAUGACUCUGACGCAAACUCCCUGUUGAACCCGAUGUGUCAUUCAGCUGUGAUGAAAUAAACUUUACGGGGGCCCUUGUCCUACA